CACCAAAUGGGACACAAACAAAGACGCAGCCCCACGCCCACCCCAGCGCCUGCCGUCCCAACCUCCAUGUUCGUCUUCUUUAUAACUCUCCAAUCACUCUCUCCAUAAACAAACACUUUCACACAAAAACACGCACUAACACUUCUUCAAUUCAAUGGCUUUUUCUUCUUCAGUCGCGUUGAAUUCCAAAAUUUAUUACAAUCGGAUAACACACUCCGUGCCGGAGAAAAUUCCGUUGUCUUUUUCUCGACAUAUUUCUGUGAGCUUCCUCGAAAGCUUUACAAGGAGAGUUUUUUCGAACGAACUUAGGUGUCGUGGAGUUGGAGUUGUGAAAGCAUCAUCCACUGGAAUAAUUGAGCCAAAGGUGGUGGAUGAUCGAACCAACGUCGGAGAAAAAGGUAUGGUUUUGAGAGUCGGGCUCAUAUGCGGUGGCCCUUCUGCUGAACGUGGAAUCUCUCUCAACUCAGCUCGAUCAGUCCUCGAUCACAUUCAGGGGGAUGAUUUGCAAGUAAGCUGUUAUUACAUUGACUGCAACCUUAAAGCAUAUGCAAUAUCGUCUGCUCAGGCUUAUUCUGAUCCUCCUUUGCCAAUGAGAAAGGAUCAACUGACUAAACCACAUAACAACUAUUGUCUAUACAUAAUAGUUUUGCACACUUUAUUGAGUGUGAUUGAAUAUUCAUGA